AGCAGGGAGAUUAACCUCCUUUUGGUCAAGUUCCCAGUCGAACAAUAACUUCUCGAUUUCCUACCUCUUAAGUUAUUUUUUCCUGCUGAACCAUGGAAGGUGGAAAAGGAGAAACCGCUCAGAAAAAACGCAAACACGCAGGAGACGGUGAAAAACCCAGGAGAAAGAGGAAACUCAACAAAAUGCUCGAUAAGGAAAAAGAAAGAUUGGAGAAAUUAGUCCUGGGCGAUGCAUCUUUCAUGCUGCGUAACCUGGGUCGGACUGACUGCGACUCCGGUGUGGAAGAUGACGGCACAGCUGAUUCUGACUUCUCGGAUACUCUCGCCUCACCUAGACCUCCUGCAUGGCAAGACGAGGAUGAUUUGCUGCCUCUCACUGUAGAAGAUGUUCUGCGUACUCAAGGAACAAAUGACACCCUACUUGGUUACAAACCAAGCGAUGAUUAUCAUAAGGUACUCCGUAGAAAGUUUCAGGCUGUGUUUGGAGAGCCUUCUUGGGCAAAAUUAGACCACAAGACACCACAGGAUCAAGAUGAAGACCUGGCGAUUCUCAGAACUUGUGGUAAUAUGCUGGAAAAACCGACUUACCUGAUGAAAGGUAUCUUAGAAGCGAAGCGGUUGGCUAGUUUAAACUCUGAAACGAGGAAUGAAGGGCCAAUAAUCAAGGCUGUGGAGUUCCAUCCAACUUCGAAUGUCGCCCUCGUUGCCGGGCUUUCAGGAGUUGCUUCCAUAUUUCAAGUCGAUGGACGAGGCAACAGUAAACUGGCUUCUGUGCAAUUCGACAAGUUUCCAGUGCGAUGCGCACGGUUUUCAACAGAUGGCAAUCAAUUCAUUGUCGGCUCUCAGCACCAUUCCCAUUUUUACUGUUACGAUAUGUUACAAGGCACAAGCAUAAAAAUUCCAACACAUCAUAACAUGGGCAUGUCAAAUAUGAAGAUAUUUGAGGUAUCUCCAGAUGGACGAUUGAUCGCAGUAGCCGGGAGGUUUGGACAAAUACACCUGCUUACAGCGGACUCCAAAGAAUGGAUCAGUACGCUUUCAAUGAACGGAAAUGUCGAAGCUAUCACUUUCAAUUCUGACGGUUCUAAACUUUAUUCACAUGGAGAGCUCGGUGAAAUAUACAUCUGGGAUAUGGCACGUAGAUCAUUCCAUGGGAAAUUUUUUGAUGAAGGCUGCCUCAAUGGUACAGCUAUUGCGCUGUCCCCUUGUGGAAAAUACUUAGCGACUGGAUCUUCGUCCGGUAUAGUCAAUCUUUAUGAAACCAAUUCAAUCGGUCAAAAUGAGAGUCCUAAAGCGAUCAAAGUGGUUGAAAAUUUAGUGACUCCUGUAUCGACUGUUCGUUUCAAUCCAACUUCUCAGAUUCUCGGGAUUGCAUCUGACAAAAAAGGAAAUGCGAUCAAAAUGAUCCAUUUACCAUCUGCGACAGCAUUUAACAAUUUUCCUUCCCUCAAUGCCCAACUUGGGAAAAUCCAAGCCUUUGCUUUCUCACCUUCUAGUGGUUACCUUUCAUGUGCAAAUAAUAACAGCACUGCUUUCCUAUUCAGGUUGAGACAUUUUGGCAAUUAUUGAGAUUAGAAUUCGUUCCUAAGUAAAAUAAAGCAGCCAAUCUUUUAAAACCUUAAUUAUAAUAUAAAAUGUAUUAUACCAAUAAACUUGUAUCUUUAUGUUUAUUAUUUUGUAUUGUAAUUCAUUCAAAUAAAGAACUACUAAGUUGUAAUAUUAAUGUUUA